AUGCCGAGAAUCGCGAAGCUGUGGCCCUCGAGCAAGACCGCGCAUCGCGCGGUCAAAGCCGUGGUUUUCGACAUGGACGGCACGCUGUGUCUACCACAGGCCUGGAUGUUCCUCGCCAUGCGCGAGGCAUUGGGCAUCCAGGACAGCCCCAUCGACAUCCUCGCUUACAUCGACACGCUCAAAUCCGUGGAAAAGCGACGCGAGGCGGAGGCUCGCGUCGCGAACGUCGAGCGCAAGGCCAUGGCCGAGAUGCAGCCGCAGCCGGGACUCGCGAAACUGAUGCAGUUCCUGGCCGAGAACAACGUGAGCAAGAACAUCUGCACGCGGAACUUGAUUGACCCUGUCAAUCAUUUGCUCGCGAGCUUCGUGCCGCGUGACCACGCUGUUUUCGACGUUAUUCUGACGCGCGCCUUCCGCCCCACCAAGCCGCAUCCGGACCCGCUGCUACACAUUGCGCGCGCGCUGGGCGUGCACUCGCACGAGCUCGUCAUGGUCGGCGACUCCUUCGACGACAUGGCCAGCGGCCGCGCGGCCGGCUGCGCGACGAUCCUCGUCAAGAGUGAGCACAAUGCAAAGCUGCUCCAAACGCGGCCGGAACUCGUUGACGCCGCAGUCGACGACUUGGAGGAGAUCAUCCGCCUCUUGCAGGACGGCUUCGAGACACGGAGCGUGUGA